UAUCAAAGACGACACAUCUAUCUAACGUGUUUAAUGAUUUGAUAACUUUAAAUGGGAUAGCUCUGUCAAACGUUAUCAUCCACAACUAACUCGUGUAACGUCAAUUUAAUGUCUAAUUAAAUCAGCAUUUAUAACUUAUUUUGUGGGAGGAAAAUGGAGGAGUUCCUCUGAAUUGCUUCACUUCACUUCAUUGAUUGACUCUUUUUAUCCUAAAUUGUAAUACCAAGUUGCGUUUCGUCAUUGUUCUGUAGCUCUGUUUUUUUUUUUUAACGAGCCACAUUCCUGCGUAAAGUGGCACGUGUUCAGUCAAUACUGCAGUUUUACGCAACCAGGCUCGAGACUGUCGGUGAGGACGGAGGACCAGGACAGGCAGCUGGGGCUUUGGAAGGAUGGAGUUCGAAGAGUCCGGCAUCGGAGAGGAAUGCGGGGUUUUCGGCUGUGUUGCAGCCGGUGAAUGGCCCACGCAGCUGGAAGUGGCUCAGAUUUUGACCCUGGGUCUUGUGGCGUUACAGCACAGGGGGCAGGAAAGUGCUGGGAUUGUCAUAAGUGAUGGAGCCAGCCCCCCAACAUACACAGUCCAUAAGGGAAUGGGUUUAGUCAGCCAUGCUUUCCCGCCUGAGGCACAAAUGAAACUUCGCUAUGGCAACCUCGGUAUCUGUCACACACGGUACUCAACCACCGGAAUCUCAGAGCUUCAGAACUGCCAGCCCUUUGUGGUGGACACACUGCAUGGUAAAAUUGCUGUAGCCCACAAUGGCGAACUGGUUAAUGCUUCUGCCUUACGGAAAAAGGUAAUGCGUCAUGGUGUAGGCCUCUCCACUAGCUCAGAUAGUGAACUUAUUACUCAACUGCUGGCAUUAACCCCCCCUACGGAGGAGCUGGAUUCCCCAGACUGGGUUGCUAGGAUUAAAAACAUUAUGACAGAGACCCCAACAUCGUACUCGCUGUUAGUUAUGUUCAAAGAUGCUAUCUAUGCGGUACGUGACCCUUACGGCAAUCGACCACUGUGCAUUGGACAGCUUGUUCCCAUCGCUAAACUCCGCAAUCAAGGUGCUGAAGACAGGGAUACUGAGGGGUGGGUGGUGUCAUCAGAGUCCUGCAGUUUUCAGUCCAUUGGAGCCAGGUAUUACAGGGAAGUUUUACCAGGGGAAAUAGUCCAGAUUUCUAAACAUGGGGUCAAAUCCCUGACUGUUGUACCACGCCCUGAGGGAGACCCUCCUGCUUUUUGCAUAUUUGAAUAUGUUUACUUUGCCAGACCAGACUCUAUUUUUGAAGGACAGAUGGUGUACACGGUCAGGCAGCGCUGCGGUCAGAGGUUAGCCAUUGAGCAUCCGACAAAUGCAGACGUCGUCAGCACUGUGCCUGAGUCUGCGACUCCUGCUGCUCUGGGCUAUGCUCAGCAGUCUGGGCUGCCGUACGUCGAAGUACUGUGUAAGAACCGCUACGUUGGAAGAACGUUUAUUCAACCAAACACUCGUUUGAGGCAGCUUGGAGUUGCUAAGAAGUUUGGGGCACUGACUGAUAACUUUUCUGGGAAACGAGUGGUACUCAUUGAUGACUCAAUUGUCAGAGGAAACACCAUCUCGCCCAUUAUAAAGCUGCUAAAGGAAGCUGGGGCAACAGAGGUCCAUAUCAGAGUGGCCUCUCCACCAAUCAGGUUUCCCUGUUACAUGGGCAUCAACAUUCCAACCAAAGAGGAGCUAAUUGCCAACAUGCCAGAGUUUAAGGACAUAGCGGGAUAUAUUGGUGCCGACACUGUGGAAUAUCUGACUGUGGAGGGUCUCGUGUCAGCUGUUCAGGAGGGGAUUGCCUCUGUACAGAAGGACAAGAUCAUGAGCUCCACUAACAGGUCCAACACCAGAGUGGGGCACUGCACCGCCUGUCUGACAGGAAAGUACCCCGUGGAGCUGGAGUGGUGAAAGGUUCCACCGAUGGAACGGAAUGUUCAUUCAAGACUUUGAAUGAGAAAUGGGUGAUAAUGUUUAUGAAAAACCUUUUCAUUUUUCUGUUCGGGCUUAUGUGUGGGAGUUCAUUGAUCACCUUCUGAUUACCUCUGUCUUCAUGGUACUACCCUGAGUUAAGUUUUACCUAAAUGUUACCGAGGAAGGCAACUACGAUGGUGUAUUUUGGGUUGUUUUUUUUCCAAUGUGAAAAAUGUCUUUAUUUUUACCACUCAAGCCUUAGUAGCUAGGAGUAGCAGAAAAGCGCACAAAUACUGUGGCCAAAGAGUGGCGCUGUCUUUAUUUUACUAAGAGGAAUUUUUCUAUGUAAAGUUGAUCACUUGUCUCUUUUUGUUAAGGGUCUAAACUACGGCUGUUGCCUUCAAGUUUUGACUGAAAUAUGAUAAAUAUGUUAUACAAUAAACAGAAUUAGUCCAA